AAACGUCAGAUCGUUAAUUUUCUUGAUUUUCUGGGGUUUUACCGAGCCGAGUUUUACGAUUUUCGCGUAAGAUAUCUAUUCGCGCGCCCCCGAAUAGUUGGAGCAUUUGUCCGCAGAGGCCGGCCGCAUAUAGGAAAAACGGUAAAAUCAUCGGAGCGCCGGGCGUCUUUAGGAAAAAUCGACAAUCAGACAGUUUUGCGCGUGUCUUGUUAGUGGCUGGUCGGGUUGUCGGAGAAAUUCGUGAUCUGUUUGGUUCAAAAUGGCGUUCAAUGGAGACGGGCCUCAUGCGAAAAGACAGCGCACAGACACCGACUCGGCUAAUAACAGGGGCUUCAAUGCUGCCACAGAAGAACCGCGAAGAAAACGACCAGAUGAAACCAAACCUAAUCAUGUCUUGCUCUUCACCAUUAUCAAUCCCAUGUAUCCGAUUACAGUGGAUGUUCUACACACGAUUUGCCAGUCCAGUGGACAAGUACUUCGAAUAGUGAUCUUCAAGAAGAACGGAGUACAAGCGAUGGUUGAAUUUGACAAUAUAGAAUCAGCAAUUCGAGCCAAAGACACGCUAAAUGGUGCAGAUAUCUACUCAGGAUGCUGCACGUUGAAGAUUGACUUUGCCAAGUUAAGGAAAACACAAAUGGACGGCCACAGCCUCUGCUUCAAGAGCCCCAUUAUGGAUCUCGACCACAACCAUACACCGCCCCUGCCCCUACAGCCACCCCAGAUUUUAGGGCGGCCGGGGAGCCACAACGACCCAAUCCGUUCCAACAGCCCGGCGCUGUUCUCAUGGUCUACGGCUUGGAUCCGAUCCGAACCAACGCCGACAAACUGUUCAAUUUGAUGUGUUUGUACGGAAAUGUCGCUCGGAUAAAGUUCCUGAAGUCCAAAGAAGGCACCGCUAUGGUUCAGAUGGGCGACAGCGUCGCGGUGGAACGAUGCGUCCAAAAUUUGAACAACGUCGCCGUCGGAUUGACUGGGGCGGCCCCCUUGAUCAGCCACCAUCACAAAGAGAACCAAAACGAAAUUGACGCCCAAGCAAAGGAGCACAAGCUUCAAUUGGCGUUCAGCAAACAGCCCUAUUUGAGCGAAGUGACGAAUCCGUAUCCUUUGCCGGACAAGUCGCCAUCCUACAAGGAGUACCUGAAUAAUAAGAACAAUCGGUUUAUGAACCCCGCCAUGGCAAGCAAGAACAGGAUUCAGCCGCCCAGCAAGAUUUUGCACUUUUUCAACACACCGCCCCAAGUGACGGAGGCGGAGCUGAUCCAGGUGUUCAAGGAUUACGACGUGGUUCCUCCCAAAGCUGUGAAACUGUUCCCGAUGAAGUCGGAACGAAGCAGCUCGGGAUUGCUCGAGUUUGAGACCACCACUGAAGCAGUGGCGGCUGUGAUGGCUUGCAACCAUGCGGCCAUUGAGAGUCCUGGUACCAAGUUUCCUUUCAUCAUGAAACUAUGCUUCUCCUCGUCGCGAAGCAUGACGAUCCGCAAUGGGGACAAUGCGAACGGUGCGGCGCCCAACAAGGAGGAUUCGAGGGGCGCGAAUUGAGGCCCCUGGAGCCUCGCGCCAGCCCUGUUCAUACGUGUAAAUCUGUUCUGUUGUUAUUAGUUUGUAAUAACUUUGAUCACAUAUCCUUUUUCCAUGUGUAAUGUUACAGGAAAUUAUUUUUGUUAUCUUUGUGGUUGGUUCGUACAGGGUGGGCGCGGCGUUUGAUGGCCGUCUGCUUCCCCUGUACUGGGUGUUACAAAAAAAACAAAAACCGUUUUGCCAAAGUGCUCAAGACACAUUUAACCGCGUGCAAUAAGAAAUCUCGUUUUCGUACUAGUUUUGUUACACCCGUUUGCGUUAUGACUGGCGAGUGUGAGUUAUCGGUUGUACUUAUUUAUAUGCAUGUUUUAGUACAAAGCUCUCUGUAACUUUUCGAGUCCUCCCGAUGGACCGAACAUGGUCAUCUGCAACGUGGACCAAGAAAGCAACUUCCGAACCGUUUAUUUUUCGAUUGGCUGAAAAGUCGAAACGCUGGAAAACUUACAGGGAGAGUGAAAGUUGCAGAUUUUUGAUUUUCGAUCAGUUUAGAUAGGGCACCAUUCGAAUAGCGUUGCCAAAAGAAAACCAAGAACCUGGUGUUGCCGCUUUUAAAUUCUAAUUUCCUAAAGGAACGAUUAAUUUAGGACACUAGGUUAAAUCAUAGCGAUUUUAUAUCAAAUUUAAAACUAAAUACUUAGCUACAUAUCGUAAUUUUUAACAAAUUAGCGCAAAAAUUUACUUAUUGCAACGAGAUUUUUCCAGUGUUAUGAUCAUGUCUGCCGCCUAAGUAGUGUGAUAGCGCGCUAUGGUAGGGAUAUAUUUUUCGUUUAUGACGAAGUUACUUAUUUAGUUGGGGAUUUGGAAUUUUAUUGCUAGUGAUGGUAAGAGUCCACUCUUGAUCUCAAUUGCCAAUUCUGCUUAUGGCAACCAUGUGGGCAAUAAGGUUCUAAGAAGGGUGGGGUUUUUAAUGGAUGUUCCCUAACAGAGGACCCUGAUCCAUUAAAGAUCGCACCCCAACCCCGAAAUUGUUACUAUUUUAGUUCUCCUCCUCCAUUAUUCCUAUUAUGGUUAGUAUUUGAUUUUUCAUUGUGAUUGAUUUUCAACGAAUAAAUUGUGUUAAACGUUAGUUGCGAUUGCACUGUUCGCCAUAUUUUCUAAGAUAAACUGAAGUCAAUAUUUAUAUCAACUAAUUCAAAACUUUUUAGCAAAUAAAAUGACACUGACAUAUUUUUAGGGACAUAUCAGAGGAUAUUUUUUAAAUCGAUUUUUCGGGGGCUGUAACUCUAAUGUUAUACACAGUGUCUCGAAUGCGCUGAACAGAACACUGCUGAUUUGAUCACAUUCUGACCAAUUAACUGACUGUGUCGGUCUAGUAGGCGAAGAGUCAAUGAGUGGAACAAGGCCAGCAAUCAACCACCUCUCCUUGGCAAUGGGUGUUUCUUCCUUUUUCAAUGCAGGUAUUUGUCCUGCUGCCUUGUCCCACUCGAUCAUUCUUCGACAGCGAUCUGAAUAGUAAACUGAAAUUAAUUAUUGCGGACUUUGAAAAUUCAAGCAGUUUUACGGUUGACGAAGACGAGGCUUAAGCAAAGGCAAUGUGCGCCCUUUAGAGCGUCUGUCCGUUAUAUUUGUGUUCCUAAGCCCGUAUCUUAACGCGUUGAAGAUGCUUUUCACGUGUUUUUACUAGGAAAUGGGACGGACUAUUCAAAGCUUAAGUGAUAUAUAUUCGGCUUAAAUAGGGAAUGGCCUAAUGCUAUAAACUGAUUUUUCUUCUAGGGCUCAACGUGGUGCUUUAGUAGUUAAUUGAAAACUACAGGGUGCGUCAGUUUUUUUUGCAUCCGAUAGAGACAUUAAUUUGUUUUUACAGUCUUUUUACCACAGCUUCUAAAGUUUUAGUGAAAAUUGUCAAGUUUUAAUUUAAUCGCAAAAGUCCCAAACGCUUGUAAAUUCGUUUCAGUCGAAAAAUAUCACCCAUUCAGAUCGUUUACAGUAUAUCAGAAGAUGUGCACUUUCUUAAGCAGCCUGAGGGCAAAAACUUGAAUAAAUUGCCUCCGAAACUGUACAAGCUGUUGUAAAAAGACGAUAAAAGCUCCGAAACUUAUCAAUCUCAAUUAGGAAUCCAUCAGAGAUGUUCAAAUGCUUCUAUAAACUGACUCACUCUGUAUAUAGUUUGUCCUGUUUCAAGACAAACUAAGCGCCACUUUCACUUAGCGAUUUGCCCUAAACAGUCGGCCUUAUUGAUGUAGAAUGAGCAAACAGCCUGGAAAAAAUCCUAGCGUCCUCUAGAGUGCGACCUAACUGAGCUUUCAGGAUUACAUAGAAAAGAGCAUAUCGAAUUUUUGUUUCGGAAAACCUCCGAAAACGCCCCGUAUAAAAGACAAAUAGUAAAUGUAACUGUAGUAUUAAAGAAAUUAUCUAAUAGUUUUAGUUAUUUAUUGUUGAUUGGUGGGCCGUUGAUCAUGACGAUGUGAGCGAAACGAGCAACGCCUCGUCAAUUCUCUAGUUGUAGUCACUGUUUUAGACACUGUAAACCUAUUUGUGGUGAGUAUUAGGCGAUUCUUCUGAUAUUUAGUUGAUACAUUUGACUAGAACAUAUCAGGACGGCAUGUAUCAAGUAGGUACCUGAGCCAUAUCAUUGUAAUUGUUAUGAAAACGAACAAAAACCCAAGAAUAUCAUCCAAAUAUCAGGGCGAAUUCAGCAGCAGAUUCCUGUGUGUUGUUAAUUUCGUAGUGUUUUCUCUAUGAAACUAAAAUUUGCAUCCUGCAAUAUGUGUCGUAUAAUAAUAAUAAUGAUAAAAUAUAUUUAAAAAAUUAGUUUUGAGUCAAUUACUUGUGCCUCUAGCAAAUCGUGGUAGCCUCACUCUGUCUAUCACACUCUCGAAACGAUCCACCAACUUGUUUCUCUCUGUGAUAUUGUUUGUUUUUUUCGUUGUAAAUUUUAAGACUGUUGUGUUUUGCGAUAUUUUACUGUGCCAAAAUGUUCGUUACUUUCCACUGUCCCAAAUGUUGUAUAUGUUGUAAAUACGAUCCCAACCGGAUGUAUUCCAUCCGGCAUAGAAUAGUGAAUUGCACAGAGGGAGACAAUUCGAUUCACACAGAAAACCCACCCAAAUCUUACACGUUCAAAAAUACAUAUACAUAUACAAGAUAUUCGAUACAGGGGGGGUCGAUUGGUCUAGAAACACCCUCCAAACCUACAUAAAAUGGCAAAAUAACUGAAGCCGGUCAAACAGUGAGCCAGUUUCGCGCUUGAUGUCCAUCAGCUGAUCAAACCGUUCACUGUUUGAUCAGCCAAUCAAUCUAUCAACCAACAAACACAAAAGAAACUAAAUUUAAGAUAAAUGUUAUUGAUGUAUUUUCGGAGCUGUGUAUAAAAAUUACUAAGAGUAUUAUAUAUAAAGUAAUAAAUAUAAACGCGUUCUACAAAUAAAUGCCAAAUAUUCGCGGCCCGGAUCGGCGCCUUGUCCACCGUUUCCCAAUUUAUCAGCAUUUUUAUUUAUUUAUUGGGUUUCUUUACGUUUGAGAAGCGGUUGGUCAGUGGCACUCGUCCAGAGCAUGUAUUCUUUUAUUUAUUUAUUUUUUCGAAUGUGUAAAUAUACGUAAACGUGGCUAAAAGUAAACCAUUAAAAAUGAA